UGUCAGCGAUUCCGCGAGAGUCCGCGAGGUGGCGAGCGACCACCGCUCGGCCGCGAGCUCAGCGCUUCCCUCGCCGCUUCCCAACGGCGAGCAGAGGGCGCGCGCCUAGCGCUGAGCCCAACCGCCCUCUCCGACGGAACCAGGAGCACACCGGGCGGGACCGGACCGCGGUUUGUGUCCAAGCCCAGCGGUGUUUGCGGCGGGUCCGGGGCCUGGAAGCGCUGGGGCGGCGCCAAGAACGAAACUGGAAAAUGGCCUUCAUUGGAAAAGCCCCAGUCCUCGGGGAGCAGAUCCCCCAUCUCUGGCAGUGCAGUGCUCCUGGGAGCUGUCUGGAACAUUCCGCAACGGUCACUCCUCUGCCCUGCAUUGGCCUUGACCACAUGACCCAGAGGCACAGGGAGAAGCCUCCUUGGAUGCUUGGCAAGUGACUUCAGUGGCUGAGAGUGUCUAAGGAGAGCCGGGAACACCGCUCGCUUCCUGCAGAUGGCGGGGCAGACCUCUGUGCAAGAGUGCCUGAAGGGGAUCUCCUGUGGUACUACCUGGUCCAGGGAGGUCACAGAGCGCUCCUCCACCCUGAGCACAAGGGGUCCCACCAAGGACAAGGACAAGAUUCAGCACCGUCGCACGCAGAACAGCUACCUGGAGCCACAGGCCACUUUCCAAAAAGGGAGUUUGCAGACCAGAAGCCACCCCUGCAGCAUUGUCUUUGUGCUCCAAGAAAAGCCCUGGCACACACUUCUGCUCAGAUGGAACCACUGUACCCUCAGUGUCCUUGUCAGUACCAGCUGGUGACUUUCCUACUCAAACCCUUCCCUCACUCUCUGCCUCAUUUUCUCAAGGUGCCGUGUUUGCCUGAAAGGACACUGGCAGCCAGCAGUGGUGGCGGCUGGUCCUCUAGAUGGGCACGAAUGCCAUUGGCAGGCAAUGGGGCAGACUCCAUGGAAAGAUGCUUCCCUUCCUCAAGGUAUGCAAUCCGCGGGGAGACCUCAUUGUCAAGUUCAGAGUUACGCUGCAGACUGCACAGCACCUCGCCUGCUUCCAGGACCUGUUCCGGUCAGCCCAGGACCCACCACAGCAGGACCCCCCAUCCUGUGCUCACCCAGGGCUUGUCCAUGGCACUGGAAACUCCUUCCUGUUCCCGAUCGCCCUCUGGGCAAGGAGUGGGCAGGGACAUGUGGCUCGUGCCGAGGUCUAAUACUGUGUUCCCAGCAUGGAAGCAGGUGCCCUGAAGAGGAGUGGGGACACUUCUUGUGGCAUGCCAGAUUCCGUGUAGAAACCUGUGACUGUCACCCCUCCUCCCCACUCGGUUUUGUUAGUGGACCUUUCCCUGGCCCUUCUCUCCUUGGCCCACUCUUGGCAGGAGAGAGGAGGAGAGGAUCUCACUUUCCACCUGCACCGGCCACACCCUCGGUCUGCGGGGUUCCCAGCAGCUGGCCAGGGAUGCUCCACACCUGGUGGUCAAGUAACCGUCUCCUCACUCUGGGCAUCUGUGCCCUCUCUGGGGUUGGAACAGGAAAGAAAGCCAAGACCUUUAUGUGGGACUUGAGUUGAGACUCAAUUCUGUAGAGUCAGGGGUGAGGAGGAGCCAGGCCUCCUGUGUGCUCUCCAUACCCCAGAGCCGGGUGCCCAGUUCCAUGGGUCCUGAUGGACAGAAGGGAAGAACGGGGGGGGGGGCUGCUGCACCAUGGGUAGUAGUGCAGGGGGGGCCGCCUCCGGCUGAAUGCCCAGGGACUCCUGGGGGCUGCUGGCCCCGGUCCCAGCAGUGGGUCCUGUUUCUUCUUUCCCCUCAGAAUGCAG